UUAUACCCAUUAAGCUCCUAGCCUCAUUCCCUUUUCUCUCUCCUUCUCCUCUCCGGCGAAAAUGGAACCUAAAUGGGGCGGCGUUCUGGCGGCGCCGUCGAUUUUCUCCAGCUUCGACGACUUGAAGUGGAUCGCAUCGGAGUUCGAUCACGAGGAGUUCAUGAAGCGCGUGACAGAAGUCGAAAUAGCUAAUGGAUCGGCGAACGACGACGACGUGAAACCGUGCAAGAUGGAUCCGUUCAUCAACGGCGGCGCAUGCUCCGGCCAACUCAACGGCGCCGCCGUUGCUUCUUUCCCGAACCUGGAUGCGGUGACUGCAUUUUCAACUUGUGGUGAACUAACAGAUAAUACCAUCGUCAGCUCGCAGAACCUCACUCCCAGGCAUUCCCCCAUUUCUCCAACUAUUGAUACUCAGUCAUCCAUUUGUGGUACUGUUGGGAGCCCGGUUUCUGCCAAUAAACCAAAUGGCAGAGAGAAUCAAGGAAAAGUAACCACUACAAGUGGUUCCUCACGUGAGCCAUCUGAUGAGGAUUGUGAACAGAGCACAAACCCUUGUGACAUGAAGCGCCUUAGAAGGAAGGUUUCUAAUCGCGAGUCUGCAAGGAGAUCCAGAAGAAGAAAACAAGCGCAUUUGGCUGACUUGGAGUUGCAGGUUGAACAGAUGAGGCUGGAAAAUGCAACCCUAUACAAACAGCUUACAGAUGCUAGCCAACAAUUUCGUGAUGCUGAUACGAAUAACAGAGUGUUAAAAUCAGAUGUCGAAGCUUUGAGAGCUAAGGUGAAGUUAGCCGAGGAUAUGGUCACUAGGGGCUCUUUCAGCACCCUUAACAACCAAAUUUUCCAGAAUCAGAGUCAAUUGAGCACUCAACCACAACUCAACACGAGUAAUCAGCGAUGCAUGGCACAUGUCUCGCCAACCAUCACUGUCCCUGGGAAUGAUGCCUCAUUUGGUGGACAGAAUUCAUCUCUUGGGCUUGGAAACUUGGAAACGUGGACAGAAUUCAGUGAUUUCAACAAUGGAGUCAUAAGUGAUGCUGUGAGCUCUGUGACUAAUGAAAUAUGGCCAUAAAGGGUCUCGCUCCACCACACCUUUGUAGCAUACCCAAUUAGUUCCAACUUUAUGUACGCCUUGUUUGAUUUAGAUUUGUAGGUAAUAUUAUGGAAAUUACUAUUUUCCAUAAAAGACUUUCUACACGUACUAAACCAUCUACUAAUCCUAAAUUAUCAUGGGGCUUGUGU